AUGCAGAAAAGAGAAAAGUUCGACAACAUCGUGAUAGAGACCACAGGGCUAGCGAAUCCAGGGCCAGUGGCGACCGCCCUCUGGACUGAUGAAGAACUGGAGGCAGGCGUGUGCCUUGAUGCCAUUGUUACCGUUGUUGAUGCGAAGCACAUAAGGAGGCAGCUGCAAGCACGGCCGGAAAGUGGGACCGUCAAUGAAGCACAGCAGCAGAUCGCAUAUGCAGAUGUUGUAAUCCUAAACAAGGUGGACCUGGUGACCCAGGAAGAAGCCGACGAGAUUGAGGAGGAAGUGAAAGCGAUCAACUCCACGGUUUCCAUCACAAGGACCAUACGAUCCAGGGUGGACAUUAAUGCUGUGCUGAACAGGGGCACAUACAGAGGAGGCAGGGCAAGAGGAGGUGCUCGACAAUGGGCAGAUGGUCUGACGAGAAAUUGCUCUGGUGAUGGUGGACAGCAAAUGCCCUGCGAGGGCCACGCGGACUGUGGUGACGUACACAGUCAGCAAGUCACCACUGUGAGUGUGACAGCCUCGCAAGCUGUUGACAAGGAGAAAGUGAAGACGUGGUUGGAUACUUUGCUGUGGGAAAAUGAUAAUCUUUGGGAUAUUUUUCGGAUGAAAGGAAUUCUGAAUGUGCAGGGAUCUGAUAGACAGCACUUCAUGCAGGCUGUGCACGAGAUGUACGAGUUAACUGAAGGGGAUGAAUGGCGGUCUUCAGACACAAGAAUCAGCAAAGUGGUCAUCAUUGGCCUGCAGCUGUCACACAGUCAGCUGCAAGCUUCUUUUGCAGAUUGUGUGGCCACCUAA